CUAUCGUGGCSUACGGUGCCAUCCCUUGGGUCCAACGAAUAGACAUUUCGACUCAAACGCGAGGUGGAGCGUUCGCAUUGCAAAAGACAAUACUCUAGCACAAACGGAACUAUGGUGGAAGAACACGGAGCAUUGACGGUCGCCGAUUUGUGCAGCACAAGCAACGAAAGCAGCUCGUAUACUUACGGGUCAAGAUAUGAAUCAGACGACCACAGCAGUACCAUCGAUUGUAUCGAUGACGAUAGUUUCUUGGCCAACAACAGUCUUUGCAAGCAGCACAGAUCUUCGUUAAAAAUGCUGGAUUCUCUCCGAAAAGAGGUCGUCCAAAUGAUCAGAAGCGACGGCAAAAACCCAUAUGGAACACCGGCUGCGUCGCCGCGAGACGUGAUGAUCGAUCUCACCAAAACCAACGCUGGAGAUUUUUCGUCCCCGCUUGGCUCGCCCGUUAACUCGCGACGAAACACAAAGCUUUCGCCUGGUCUGGUGACGCCUCUGUCCAUCCCGUCGCUGAGCAACACGGAAAAUACGACGCGCUGCCAGAGUUUAGUUACCAACCACGGCCAAAASGACGAUUACACCUUUUGCUCGAUGGACGAUUCGAUAAACCAGGAAAUGAAUSUCUUGAAGGAGGUCGCAACGGAGCUGGAAAAAGAACUGAGAGAAACGAAUAUCAACACGGUGUUCGAAGCGAUCGAGAGAAUAGGCGAGUCAAACAAUCCCGAAAUUAAGAGUGUGCUCAUGUCCGAAGACAGAGAUGUAAUUCGAGAGGGCAUCCGCAACGAGUUACAGAAAGAAGAAGAAUUCUUGUACGCACAGGAUUCCGUGAAGCCAUUUCACGUUCACCUUAUGGAAUUCGUCGAAAGUUUUGAGGGUGGCUCGAUGAACAUCAAGGUUUUGGCCGUGGCUAUUGCGUUUAGUUUGAUACGCAAUUGGAUCUUAGGUUGGUGAGAAUCAAGAAGCAGAGCCGUU